AUGGCCAUCGCAGGCCCGCCCUCGUUCUUCCAGCAACAUGGCGUAGCGAACAAGCUGCAGAAGCGCUCUCUGCUUGUUGCUGUCAACCUGGUAGCUGGACUGAGUAUCUUCUUCUUUGGCUACGAUCAGGGUGUAAUGGCAGGGGUCAACACAACGCGUGACUACGCAAGGCUGAUGGGCUUCGGACAUUUCGACGUGGCAGACCAGCUUGUCAAAGUGGACAAACCCUUGCUGCAGGGAGGCAUAGUGAGUCUUCCCAAGUUAGAGUACAGGCACAUCGUGAGAUUGACAGCCUCCAGGUUGCCGUGUACUAGCACCCUCGUAGGAGCACUAUGGGGUGGCUGGCUUGGAGACCGCUUUGGGCGUAUCUCGACUAUCGGCUUCGGAGCGUUGUGGGCUAUCGUUGGUGCCGCAUUACAAUGCUCGGCGAUGAAUGCGGAAUGGAUGUUCUGUGCGAGAGUUUUUAACGGAGUCGGCACGGGUAUCUUGAACGCCAUCACGCCUGUUUGGGCCACUGAGACGGCAAGCCAUACCUCGCGCGGCGCCUUCGUGUCGAUAGAAUUCACCUUGAACAUCUUCGGUGUUGUUGUCGCCUACUGGCUGGAAUAUGGGACGUCCUUCUACGGGGAUGGCACAUCAGCAUUUAUAUGGCGGUAUGCACCCUUUAGUGACCACCAGCGUAUCCCUCUGCUCACCGAUGUUUUGCAGAUUCCCGAUAGCGUUCCAAAUAGCCUCUUCUGCGUGGUAUGGUUCAUGCCCGAAUCCCCUCGCUGGCUGACCAAAGUCGGCCGGGAAGACGAAGCCCGCUUCAUCCUCGGACGUCUCCGUGGCGAAGAUGAAGGCCUUGCAGAUGCUGAGUUCCAGGACAUCAAGAACGUCGUCAAGCUCGAGAGGGAGAACAGCCAGCGGUCGUCCUACUUUGCUAUGCUCUUCGGUCUGAAACAAGGGAAGCUCCACACAGCUCGUCGAGUCCAGCUUGUAGUAUGGCUACAAAUACUUCAGGAAUGGAUCGGUAUAGCAGGAAUUACCAUCUAUGGGCCAGAAAUCUUCACACUGGCCGGUAUUGGAUCGUCGGACAGGCAAUGGGUUGCAGGGCUGAACAACAUCACUUACAUGUUCGCCACUCUACUCUGCGUCUUCACUCUGGACCGCAUUGGCCGUAGAUGGACGCUGUACUGGGGCGCUGCCGGUCAAGGAAUCUGCUGCUUCUGUGCUGGUGGUCUGGCUUACGCUACCAAGAACGCAACGGGCUCGUACCGAGAGCACGUCGGCGGUGCAGCGGUAUUCUUCGUUUACCUCUAUACCGCAAUAUUCGGUGCUACGUGGCUGACGGUGCCUUGGUUGUAUCCCGCCGAGAUCUUCCCCUUGGAGAUCCGUGCAAAGGGCAAUGCUUGGGGCGUAGUCGGCUGGAGUAUCGGCAACGGGUGGUGCGUCCUCCUGCUGCCGACAAUCUUCGCCCGACUCUCGGAGUCGACGCUGUAUAUCUUUGGCGGCGUGAACGUCCUGUCGAUUAUCGUCGUAUGGGCUCUAUACCCGGAGACUAAUCAAAGAACUUUGGAGGAGAUGAACUUGGUCUUCGCUGCGGAUAGCAUCUGGAACUGGGACGCUGAAAAGAACUAUCGCGUUCUGCUUGAGGAGAACCCUAAUCUGGUUCGGGCAGCACGAAGGGGCAGUAGCGUGGUCGAUCCUGAGACUGGUCUGGCAAAGAUCGAUCGGCAUGGUAGCGUGGAGGGCGAUGAAAAGUCGGAGCGGAGAUCUAGCUUGGUUGCUCGAGGCGAGGAACGUCGGGCAAGCCUCGUAGCUGGGGAGAAGAAGGUCUAG